CUGAUCACAUGACCAUGACAUCAUCAAAGGUCCUUUAGCCCUUUGAGAUUUACCGUUUACUCUGCUUUGAGGCCCUGCCAGUGACAUUUACCGACUGGGAACGACUACACAAGACACGAAGUCGGCGGAGCCGGUAAAUGACGGCGGCCGCUCCUCUGUUAUCUCCUGGAUCACCAUGGUAACCUGCACCAUUCUUCAUCCAUGGGCUUAGUGUAGGUCUCUGAGUAUUGGACGAUCCCCCGACCUCUUAUAAAAAAAAUGAUGCGAUACUGGGGAGAGAUCCCGGUGCCCGCCGGGCAGGCCAGCCGCAAUUCCUUUGACCUCCUGCAGAGGGAGUUUCGCACGGUGGAGAUGCAGGAGCCCCCGCUGCACCAGCCGUCUGCCAACCGGCCCCGGGCCACCACCAUGCUGGACAUCCCCUCGGAGCCCUGCAGCCUCACCAUACACACCAUCCAGCUCAUCCAGCACAACCGCAAACUGCGAGGUCUCAUCGCCGCCGCUCAGACCCAGAACCAGCAACCGGUGGAAGGAAUAAAGGUGGAGGAAAGCGAGCCCCUCCCCCAGCGACCGCCCUCUCCGGCCCUCCCGGACGACCUGUUACCGCAGGAUUGCAAGACGCCCCGACUGCCAUUCCAGCUCCGACACAGCGACCCGGAGAGCGACUUCUACCGGGGUAAAGGUGAGCCUGUGACAGAGCUCACUUACCACUCGUGCCGCCAGCUCAUGUACCAGUCUGUGGCCACCAUCCUCGCCCACGCCGGAUUUGAUUCUGCCAAUGAAAGUGUCUUGGAGACCCUGACGGACAUCGCCCACGAGUACUGCCAGAAGUUCACUAAGAUGCUGAGGUUCAAUGUGGAUCGGGAGGCCCGGCUGGGCCAGACGCCCUUCCCCGAUGUCAUGGAGCAGGUUUUCUAUGAGAUGGGGAUCGGCAGCGUCCUCUCUCUUCAGAAGUUCUGGCAGCAGCGGAUCAAGGAUUAUCACACGUACAUGCUGCAGGUCAGUAAACAACUGUCUGAGGAGUAUGAGAAGAUCGUUCAUCCUGAGCGGGUAUCUGAAGACUCAAAGCCUGUGAAGAUUAAAGAGGAGCCACUCACUGAUAUUACUUUCCCCAUCAACGAGGAGCUGGAAGGCGACCUGGCUCCUGGGGACCAGUCACUGCCAGUCGGGGUAUUAGGAGCCCAAAGCGAGAGGUUUUCUUCUAAUAUGGAAGUAGAUUCUUCACCCCAACCCUCAGGGUCAGAAGUCAACACCUCCCCCUUAUGGAGCCUUACGCAGGUGAAAAUGGAACCUCAAGACAAUGAGGAAGGGGCGGUCCACGGGCACAGCGUUCUGGGAAAUGACGUCUUUGAGGAGCCCAUGUCUGGGAUGAGCGAUUCUGCCAUGCCUGGAAGCCCCAAUGGAUCUGAGGCCAGCUAUGGAUCCCAGUCUCCAGACAGUCUCAUGGGGUCUUCUCCGGUGUUUAACCAGCGACCAAAGAAAAAGAUGAGGAAAAUGUAACUGGAAUGGACUGGGACAAUUAACAUUCCUAGACUUAUUGAUGUUUAUAUUGCUAUUGCAUCCUGAAUUGAUGGUUGUUGGUCUUACACCUCUCAUGAUGAGUUGUAGAAUUGGGUGAACUCAUACAAAACAAAGUUAUUAAGAACAAAAUAAACCUUUAUAGUUUGUAUUCAGAGACUAUUGUCCGCAUAAAUAAAUACCUUUAGACGUUAA